AUGUCCCGUUGGGAGGUUAUCAACACACACAACGAGGUUUCAGCGGAAUUUGUAUUUGCAGAGUGUGUAGCUGGUAUUUCUAGAAGAGAGAAACACCAGCCGAACAUACAUACAGCUGGCGACGCCGCCGCCCAUAAGGAAAUCCCGCGGAUAGAUGGAAGAGAAGGGCGCGCGGGAUAG